AUGAAGGUGGCCGUGUACCAGCGGCACGAGGACCUCGGCAAACAUCUGCGCCUCCACCACCAUGGCGCUAGCAGAAGGUGGGUCUGCGGUGUAUGCUUCUUCACCGACGACAGUGCUUACGCGCUGAAGAAGGUGAGGAAGCAUCACGCGGACUCCCAUGCAAAUAAUGCAGUGCCUCGUGCCGCGGGUGCACGGACAUCUGCCCCCGCGGGAAGGGUUAGCGGCGGUGCACCCCCGGCUGGGGGGGAUUUAGCCGAGGAGCGAUCCUAUACUGACGUGGCCUUGCCUGAGACGACGCAGAGGCUCUCUCCGUCCCCGUUAGCAACGGCAGCUCCCACCACGCGUGGAGGCGCGCUCACGCGCGCUACUAAAUCUAGCAUAACCAACUCCCGGACCACGGUGGCUGCCAAAACAAAGACUGCGCCGAAAAAGAAGCCCACGAUCACUGCUUCGGUGACGGGGAGAAAUCUUUUGACGGGCUGGGCGCUCAAGAAAUCUGCGACUACGACAGCGACAGCGACAACGACGAUCACGAGGAAGAGCGGGACGCCGUCCAGCCCCGCCGAUGGACGACCUCCACCCGCGGGGAGUCCCGCCACCCCGCCGACCAUUGACCUUACCACACCACCAGCGGGGACCGGCGCCGCAAAAAGGACCAGUGGCGGGCCAGUGUCAAUGAGGAGGCCAAGUGGGGGGGUAACUUCCACCCUAACCCCCCCAACAAAAGAGAAGGAGAAGAGCCCGGGUAUGAAGAAAAGGAGCACCCGGGCCUCAACGGAGCCUCCUCAACCUGGCCCGCCCCAACGAACCAUCACCGCCACAAGAAAGGUGACCCCCGCCGUCACGUAUGCAGAAGUGACCAGGGGCACGUCGCCGUCACAACAACCAUGA